ACGUUAUCAUCUGGUCUUCACUCCAUCGCAGAGACUCUGUCACUUUACACGCGCCACCGGUCCGCUCUCAGGUAUAGUUAUCAACAUGGAGGCACUCGUGUUUGAUGGGAAGUCCCUGACCCUCAAGUACGACCCCAAGUACCCGAUCCCGCAACUUGUCAACGACGAUGACGUCAUCGUAAAAGUGGAGUACUCGGGAGUCUGCGGAACAGACCUCCACAUCAUUCAGGGUGAGUUCCCGGCCUCCAAGGAGCGCCCCCUGCCGCUGGGGCACGAGUUCAGUGGGACGGUGCACGAAGCGGGGAAGGCCGCCGUCUUCAAGAAAGGACAGAAAGUCGUCGUCGAUCCCAACAGAGCGUGUGCGCUGUGCAGCUUUUGUCGUGCGGGCAACUAUCAGUACUGCCUGACGUCUGGUAUCAACAGCACCGUGGGCAUCUGGCGCGACGGCGGCUGGGCGCGCUACGUGCGCGUGCCCCAGGACCAAGUCUAUGCCCUUCCGCCACAGAUUACCACCGAACAGGCUGGUCUCUGCGAGCCUUACUCGUGCGUGUCCCACGGCUUCGACCGCGCCUCGCCUCUGCCAGUGGGCAGCAGGAUCCUCAUCGUGGGCGCUGGUAUUAUAGGCAACCUGUGGAUUACGACGCUGCACCACCACGGCCACCGCGACGUCACCGUGUCCGAGAUGAAUUCCUCCAGGCUCGAAAUCGUCAAGAAGCUCGACACGGGCUUCAGGCUGAUCACGCCCGACGUGUUGGCCGCUGAAAAGGAAUUGUAUGACGUCAUCAUUGACUGCACAGGUGUCGGCAAAGUAAUGGAGAUAAGCUUCAACUACUUGAGACACGGCGGAAAGUACGUGCUGUUCGGCUGCUGCCCGCCCACACAUCAAGCCUCAGUGAAUCCUUUCCAAAUCUACGACAAGGAGCUGACGAUCAUCGGCGUGAAGAUCAACCCUUUCAGCUUCCCUAAGGUCAUCGGCUGGCUGCAGGCCAUGGGCAGCAGGUACCUGGACUAUAAGAAGCUCGGCGUGCAGACAUUCAAACUGUCGGAGUACGAGCAGGCGCUGCAACACCUCAAGGCCGGUACCAUCUCGAAGGCGAUCUUUAAAAUUGACUAGUUAAUAAAUUGUUUUUUCCUUAUCAA